AUGCACUCCGAGGAGCGAGGUGCCUCUUCUCGCCAGCGCGCAGCGAAGCGCGCGUGGAAGCAGCAACGCCGCCACACGAAGGGACAUCGAGAGAGCCACAGCAGGCUUCGAGAGCACAAGGAGACGGAAACGAUGUCCAGAGGAAGAAGGAAACUCACGAGAUUCGCGAGAAGACACGGUGACAGAGACUCCAAGAGAGAAGAAGAAGAAGAAGAAGAAGAAGAAGAAGAAGAAGAAGAAGAAGAAGAAGAAGAAGAAGAAGAAGAAGAAGAAGAAGAAGAAGAAGAAGAAGAAGAAGAAGAAGAAGAAGAAGAAGAAGAAGAAGAAGAAGAAGAAGAAGAAGAAGAAGAAGAAGAAGAAGAAGAAGAAGAAGAAGAAGAAGAGUGUUGGUCUGCUGUGGACGAAGAAGGUGAAGCAGGAGAGUCCGGCUGCAGAGAGGAAGAGAGAAAAGUGAAGGGAGAGAGAGACCCUUCUGCAGAGGACGUUCGCCGCAUUGGAAGUUCGCGGACAAGUGAAACAAACUGGUUUUCUGAGGUUGCUGGAGACCCGAAGAAACGCGCAGUUCGAGGGACAGACCAGCAGCGAGAGCGAGACAUUGUGGAGCCGGGAGUCGCCAGGACAACGGCUGACGAUAGUGGAGAUGCAUGGGUCAUCGCGAAAAGCGCGUCCGUCGAAUACGAGUAA